UUAAACCCUAUACUACCUAUCCUUCUUCUUGCCUGUGUCAUCUGCAUAGUAUAUGUCCUGUCCUCUCUCAGCUGAGUAGAUGACUAAACCAAGCAUACUGUAUGACGUACACUACCAAGAAAAACAUAUUUAUUUUCCUUAAUAAACCUAUUUUUGCAAUCAGCAACGUCAUCAUUGUACGAGUUAGAGUCUGUGGGAGUAUUUAUGUCGGAAAAGGAGCGCAACUCAUCAUAUUGGGCACAUCUGCAAGAAAGGCACCAUGAGAAAAGUUUGGUUUGCUGUUCUCACACUGGUGUACCUGGAGCUUCCCAUGAGUGUUGAGACUGCUCAGAUCUGCCUCCAUGGACAGGUUGGAUGUCACGUUCCAUCCUUGGCAGAUCUUUUUGACAGGGUGAUUCAACAGUCUUCAAGAAUGCAUGGCAUCUCCACUGAUCUGCACUCUGAAAUUGAGCAAUUUUUCUUUCCCAGCAAGAAUAUCAUAGGAAAACGGAAGUGCCACACACAUGGCAUACUAACACCAGCCGACAAGGAGAAUGCACAACGCCUCGGGAGAGAACAGCUGACGCAGGUGAUCCUGAGGCUGCUGGGGGCCUGGGAUGACCCUCUGUCACAUCUCUUCCAGAGCAUGUCUCAGGAUAAAAAUCAAGACUUCAAUCACCACAGCUACAAUAAAGCACUGGAAAUCAGUGAUAUGGUGCACGAGCUGAGGGAUGGAGUGGAAAAAAUGACUGAGAAGAUGAAGCUGUUGGGGGUUCUUGGUGACACUGUAGGUUAUGUCUCUCCUGAGGCUCUGGUUCCCUCUCCUGCCUUUUCCUUUUACAUGCAAGGGAAACUCAACUCAAUGGAUUACCAUGACCUGCUCUACUGUUUCCACAGAGACUCAAACAAAAUCAAAAAUUAUCUCCGUGUCUUGAAGUGCACCACCUUUCCUGGAUUGGACUGCUAAUGAUGUUUUUAAUCUUUGCUUAAAAAUAUGAGUUUCACACUGUUCCCUUUUCACAAUUACCAUAUUGUUGAGUCUCCUGAAGCUUUUUGCUCUUUGCUCUAUGUGUGGGAACUAGAAUUGAAAUCUCUCCAUGUCAA